GACAAGAACUGGGCGUGUUGUUUACUAUUGAUAGGGUCGCUUAUUGAGAGCCUAGACAUCAAUGUGGAGAGUAAUAAGUCGGGUCUUCAUAUUGCUUAUGUAUAUGGAGAGAGGGGAACUUAUUAGUUGAUUGUAUGGUAUUGGUGUCAUAACCUUUAUUAGUGUAAAUGCAUCAUUCUUUUGGAGCCCAUUAUUGGCAGAGCCACGUUAAAGCUCCUCACAUUUCGAAUCUAGGUAAAAGUAUACAUAAAAUUUGUGACACAUUUGAAAAAUAGAUUAGUUACGAGGCUCUAGACCCUUGCCAAUAACAAAAAAAAAUUUAAAUGAAAAAGUGAUUUCAUUCAUUCAUUUAACAAUUGUUGUACAUGGAAGGUCAUUAAAGAAUACAAGACACUAAAUCGAUAUAUAAUGUGGAUCCACUGAACAAUAAGUGAUCCUUUUGCAGCCUCUUUUAGUCCUUAGCAACCCAAUCCACCUUUUUGUUUCUCGCCCUAGGCACAAAAAUCACCUUGAUCCUAUCACGGGCAGUAAUGAUAUGAUGCAUACAUUGAAUCCACGCCAUAAACUGCCACAAACAUAUCGUGUUCGGCUGGAGAGGGGGAAUUGAUAAUAACUUGACAAUCCAAGCAGUGAUCGUCGAAACUCCAGAUGCCUCUACCAACCUAAUAGCAAUAACCAUGACUUUAGCUUCCGAAACACUCGACGAUGAACAAAAGAAAGUGGCCGCCCUACCGUCAAUAACUUGCCCAUGCAGGAGUUAGACACAAAGAACUUCAUAAACUGUCACUAGUAAAUUGUAAGACAAAACCUCCACCAUAGUUAAUUUACAUCAAGUAACUAAAAAUUCCUCAAAUUUAACAUUUUUGCAACUUAUGCGAUGGUCUCUUCCUUGUCUUAGGAAAAUUUUUGUACUUAAUUAAUCCAAGUGUGGGGGGCAUCUAAAUUACCAUUGAUCAUGAUGGAGAUACUCUUCACAAAAAAAAAAAAAACAUUCAUGUGAGACUCGUGAGGUUUGGUUGGGCAUCCGUAAUUUUCAACCAAACAUAUUCCAUUUCUCUUCUUUGUCUUUCCCUUUAUGGAGUAAAUUAUCAAAUUAGCAAAAUGCUAAAAAUAAAGAAUGGUUGGUACCCUUCAAUAAUUAUUAAUUGAUUGAAAUUAUUGUACUCACGUGUGAGACCCCAUUAAUGGUCACCUUAACUAUUGAUGAAAUAUUAUUGGUGAUCAUUCUCAACUUGAUUAAAUUUUGCCUCUUAGUCUCUCUAGUUUCUAUCAAUAAAUGUAAGGUACACAUCUUUAUCAUACAUAGUUUUGGAGGAAUGAGAGGAAGCCAAGCCAAAAUCAACUUCUAUAUCUCCCUCAACCUCCCUUGAUUUGUGGAGAUUAAGAAAACUAGCCAAGAGGAAAAAAGUAGGAAAUUUUUGGAUUGAUGUGACGGUGAAGUUCUUCAUAGCCAUCAAGUGUACGACGUAUUAGUCGAAACUAAAGAAAUUAAUUUACGGUCGAUCAGUGAAAGAAUUGAGAGCGAGAAAGUGGAUUCAGUUAUAUACCGAUCAGUCUGAAAUUAAUUUACGGUAGAUUUAGUAGGAUCAACCUCACAACAACCCUCGUCGAGCAUUCCCCCAAUCAAUCUACGUACGAUUAACUGUGACGGAUCAUUUGAUAGCGUUUCACAGGAGGCGGCUUUUGGAGUGGUUAUUACCAACUCUGAAGGGCAGAUGUGCGACGGAAAGGCUGGAAGGAUUCUUUGUUCUUCCCCAAUUGAAGCCGAGGCGCUUGCUAUCCUCGCAGCUUGCCAGGUGGCAGCGGAUGACCAUGUCCCUUCAACGAUCCUUUCUGACAGCAAGGUUUUGGUGGACGAUGUUCAAAGUGACCCUUCUUUGUGGCCUUGGCGAUGUUUUGCGCCACUGAACUCUAUCACCAAGAUCCUACGAUGCUCUUCUUGGAUCCGCCUUUCCUUUGCGGGUCGCCAAAACAACAAGAAAAGUCGAUUGGGUUGCACGCAAUUGUAGAAUGAAUUCCCUUCACCCGGAUUGGCUUUCUGUUCUCAUUGUAAUAUCUGACUUGUCGUAACUGCCGAGUUUCACUUGGGUUGGAAUGAAUGAAAGUAUGAUUAUUAAAAAAAAAAAAAAAGCAUUCCCCCAAUACAUUAAUCCCAUUGCAAAAUCCAAAGUAAAAGUAUCUCUGUCGAUUAAGCAGCGAGAAUCCUGCAGAAUAUUACUAAAGAACACAAAGAGAAUCUUACCGAAUAUAAUAAGUUCAUGGUUUGUUGUAUUUUAAUGGCGUGCAUAUGUAUAUAUAUUAUUCUCGUGGCUGCAGUUGGUAACAAAGCUUCUAGAAGCUUUCCCCCCAAGCUUCUAGAGACGUCGAGUAUCAAAGCAAAUGGGUUAAGGCACGUUUGUUUCCCAGUACUCUGUAGCAAGAGUUUGGUAACAUAAAUUUGCAACAACGUAAAUUAAUUUACGUAUCUAUUUGCAAUAAUUUGAGUUAUUACUAUGUCGAAAUCGGUUUUGGAUAACUUAGGUAUUAUUUGUUUGUGAGAUUUAGCUGAUGGAUUUGGCACCCAAAUUCCAAGCAUCAAGGAUUUGUUUGUCCAGAGACACAAAUUCGUGGGGCUCAUGGAUUUGGACCCCUUUUUUUAGAUCCAAAUCCAUGGACCCCACGGAUUUGCAAAUCUUAUAUUUCAUUUGGAAUUUGAUCAUGGAAGACAAAGUUGUGAGACAAAUCCAUCAUAAAUCCAUGUUAAAAAUUAACUAAGCAAACAAUGUACUCUUCCAGAUCUAUAACGUAACAAAUCCAUCGUAAAUUCAAAAAAAAAAUUAAAAUUCUAAACCCUUAUUUUUAAAUCCAACAAGCAAACGAGCCCUUGAGAGUAUUAUACUUUGACACUUGCACAUUACUCUCGUGAUGCAAAGGGUUAGCAAAGCUUCUCGAGACUUCUUUUGGGUAGCUAGAAAAAAAAGCUUCCAGAGACUUUCAGAUUCACAGCAAUUAGGCUAGGGCUGCCUAGCUAUUUGUUUCAGCAGCCCAAAAAGGCAGUGCAAGUGGCUGCAUGAGUGCAUGUGGUGGUUUCUUUUUUCUAAUAACAAAGUUGCAUGUUGCAACCCUACUAAUUUCAUCACUCAUUCCAGGUUGAAAUAUGUAUAAUAUUCAAUGCCCCAUCUUAAUAAAUAACUUGAGUUGUUGAGAUCUAUCGCGGUUCUUAACUCAAAUCUGUAUUUUUUGUCAAAUCUUACCACUUUAUAAAUUCUACGCAAAACUUAAUGAAGUUGGAAUGAACACAUUGCGCUCCUUAUGAAUUCUUCUGCAUCUUUCUCAACCACACGUGUUGACCACUGAGUUUUAGAAGAGUCUUCUAAUUAACCUUAUCAUCAGAUGUCUUCCCUGUAAAAAAUAUUAACGACCAUUUUGCUAAGAAGUUCAUUUAAAUCACCAAUUUGUCAUAAAUGUAUCAUUGUUGU